ACUGGGUAGUGAACAUGUCAAAAGCUAAGAAGCUCCGUAGUGCCACAGUUCUUUGAGAUGUUUAUAGCUUAUGUUUAUAGCUUGAAGAGUUGGGGGAGAAGUGGUCUUAGCUAAAGUAAUUACUCUGGCUCCUCAAAACACACAUCAUUACCAGUUCAUAGUUAUAGUCCCUCCAAAAACUAUAGCCCUACAAGGCAGCACAGGCUAAAAUCCAUGAACAGAACUAAGUGGAAUGAGAUUGGUAAGACUUGAUUUGGGGUCUGUGCCUUCACACACUGGGACUCUCCUGGGUGGGUGGGUAAAUGGUACCACUUCUCUUUGGUAUUGCAUAUCCUAGGUUGAGAUAAAUAGGGGAUGAAAAUAAUCUGUCUCCCACCCCUACCUACUUCCUGUUCUAAAUCUGAAGAAAGCGUUAUUGACCUGUCAACAAAUAAAAGGAGUAGAAUAAAAGUGAAGUGGCAGAAAUGGUCAAAAAUUGUUUUCUCUUUGGAUAUUGGAAGGAGGCCUCCAGGGGGCAGCACGAAGACAGAGAAAUAAACCAAUUUAGUUAGGCCUCCUUGGUCUGGGGCUCCCCACAGUUUCCCACCAUCACUCCUCCCAUUCCUUCCAACUUUAUUUUUAGCUACCAGUGGGAGGGGGCAGGAUAGGAGGGAAAGUAGCAGAAAAGGAGAAAGACAGAAGCACAGAGGACUUCUGACACAGGACAGAACAACCAGGCAUGGAGCUCCCCGUCUUCCCUCACCUGUUCUUGCCCCUGAUGUUCCUGACAGGUCUCUGCUCCCCUUUUAAUCUGGAUGUGCAUCACCCACGCCUAUUCGCAGGGCCACCUGAGGCUGAAUUUGGAUACAGUGUCUUACAACACAUUGGGGGUGGACAGAGAUGGAUGCUGGUGGGCGCUCCUUGGGAUGGGCCUUCAGGUGACCGGAGGGGGGACGUUUAUCGCUGCCCUGUAGGGGGGCCCCACAAUGCCCCAUGUGCCAAGGGCCACUUGGGUGAUUAUCAACUGGGAAAUUCAUCUCAUCCUGCUGUGAAUAUGCACCUGGGCAUGUCUCUGUUAGAGACAGAUGAUGAUGGGGGAUUCAUGGCCUGUGCCCCGCUCUGGUCUCGUGCUUGUGGCAGCUCUGUCUUCAGUUCUGGAAUAUGUGCUCGUGUGGAUGCUUCAUUCCAGCCCCAGGGAAGCCUGGCACCCACUGCCCAACGUUGCCCCACCUACAUGGAUGUUGUCAUUGUCUUGGAUGGCUCCAACAGCAUCUACCCCUGGUCUGAAGUUCAGACUUUCCUGCGGAGGCUGGUAGGAAGAUUGUUUAUUGAUCCAGAGCAGAUUCAGGUGGGACUAGUACAGUAUGGAGAAAGUCCUGUACAUGAGUGGUCCCUGGGAGAUUUCCGAACCAAGGAAGAAGUGGUGAAAGCAGCCAGGAACCUCAGCCGGCGGGAAGGACGAGAAACAAAGACUGCCCAAGCAAUAUUGGUGGCCUGCACAGAAGGGUUCAGUCAAUCCCGGGGAGGCCGACCAGAGGCUGCCAGGCUACUGGUGGUUGUCACUGAUGGAGAAUCACAUGAUGGAGAGGAGCUUCCAGCAGCACUAAAGGCCUGUGAGGCUGGAAGAGUGACACGCUAUGGGAUUGCGGUUCUUGGUCACUACCUUCGGCGUCAGCGAGAUCCCAGCUCUUUCCUACGGGAAAUUCGAGCUAUUGCCAGUGAUCCUGAUGAGCGAUUCUUCUUCAAUGUUACUGAUGAGGCUGCACUGACUGACAUUGUAGAUGCCCUAGGAGACCGAAUUUUUGGCCUUGAGGGGUCUCAUGGAGAAAAUGAAAGUUCCUUUGGGCUGGAAAUGUCUCAGAUUGGUUUCUCCACUCAUCGACUAAAGGAUGGGAUUCUCUUUGGGAUGGUGGGGGCCUAUGACUGGGGAGGCUCAGUGCUAUGGCUUGAAGAAGGUCAUCGACUUUUCCCCCCACGAACAGCCCUGGAAGAUGAGUUUCCCUCUGCCCUGCAGAACCAUGCAGCCUACCUGGGUUACUCUGUUUCCUCCAUGCUUUUGCGGGGUGGACGCCGCCUCUUUCUCUCAGGGGCUCCUAGGUUUAGACAUCGAGGAAAAGUCAUCGCCUUCCAACUUAAGAAAGAUGGGGCCGUGAGGGUCGCCCAGAGCCUCCAGGGGGAGCAGAUUGGUUCAUACUUUGGCAGUGAGCUUUGCCCAUUGGAUACAGAUAGGGAUGGGACAACUGAUAUUUUACUUGUGGCUGCCCCCAUGUUCCUGGGACCCCAGAACAAGGAGACAGGACGUGUUUAUGUGUAUCUGGUGGGCCAGCAGACUUUGCUAACACUCCAAGGAAUACUUCAGCCAGAACCUCCCCAGGAUGCUCGGUUUGGCUUUGCCAUGGGUGCUCUUCCUGAUCUGAACCAAGAUGGAUUUGCUGAUGUGGCUGUAGGGGCACCCCUGGAGGAUGGGCACCAGGGAGCACUAUACCUGUACCAUGGAACCCAGAGAGGAGUCAGGCCCCAUCCUGCCCAGAGAAUUGCUGCUGUCACCAUGCCACAGGCCCUUAGCUACUUUGGCCGAAGUGUGGAUGGCCGACUAGAUCUGGAUGGAGAUGAUCUAGUAGAUGUGGCUGUGGGUGCUCAGGGGGCAGCCAUCCUGCUCAGCUCCCGGCCCAUUGUCUACUUGGCUCCAUCACUGGAGGUGACCCCACCUGCCAUCAGUGUGGUCCAGAGGGACUGUGGGCGGCGAGGCCAGGAGGCAGCAUGCUUGACUGCAGCCCUUUGCUUCCAAGUGACCUCCCGCACACCUGGACGCUGGGAUCACCAAUUCUAUGUGCACUUCACAGCAUCAAUAGAUGAGUGGAUGGUAGGGGCACGUGCAGCAUUUGAUGGCUCUGGUCAGAGGAUGCCCCCUCGGCAGCUCCAGCUCAGCGUGGGGAAUGUCACUUGUGAGCAGCUGCACUUUCAUGUGUUGGAUACAUCAGAUUAUCUCCGGCCAGUGGCCUUGACUGUGACCUUUGCCUUGGACAACACCACAAAGCCAGGGCCUGUGCUGGAUGAAGGUGCACCCACCUCUAUACGAAAAUUGGUCCCCUUCUCCAAAGACUGUGGCUCUGACAAUGAAUGCAUCACAGACCUGGUGCUUCAAGCUAACAUGGACAUCAGAGGCUCCAGGAAGGCCCCAUUUGUGGUUCGAGGUGGCCGGAGGAAAGUGCUGGUAUCAGCAACUUUGGAAAACAGGAAGGAAAAUGCCUACAACACUAGCCUGAGUCUCAGCUUUUCUAGAAACCUCCACCUAGCCAGUCUCACUACUCAGAGGGACAGCUCAGUAAAGGUGGAAUGUGCAGCUCCUUUCCCUAAUGCCCGGCUCUGCAGUGUGGGGCAUCCUGUCUUCCAGACUGGAGCCAAGGUGACCUUUCUGCUUGAGUUUGAGUUUAGCUGCUCCUCACUCCUGAGCCAGGUCUUGGUGAGGUUGAAUGCCAGUAGCAGUAGCCUGGAAACAAAUGGGACCCUUCAAGAUAACACAGCCCAGACCUCUGCCUACAUCCAGUAUGAGCCUCAUCUCCUAUUCUCUAGUGAGUCCACCCUGCACCGCUAUGAGGUUCACCCCUAUAGGACCCUCCCAGUGGGUCCUGGCCCUGAAUUCAAAACUACUCUUAGGGUUCAGAACCUUGGCUGUUAUGUGGUCAGUGGCCUCAUCAUCUCAGCUCUUCUUCCAGCUGUAGCCCAGGGAGGCAAUUACUUCCUGUCACUAUCUCAAGUCAUCACUGAUAAUGCAAGCUGCACAGUGCAGAACCUGACCAAGCCCCCAGGCCCCCCUGUGCAUCCAGAGGAGCUUCGGCACACAAACAGGCUGAAUGUCAGCAAUACUUGGUGUCAAGUUGUGAGGUGCCACCUUGGGCAGCUGGCAAAGGGGACCGAGGUCUCUGUUGGACUACUGAGGCUGGUUCACAAUGAAUUUUUCCGGAGGGCCAAGUUCAAGUCUGUGACAGUGGUCAGUACCUUUGAGCUGGGAACUGAGGAAGGCGGUGUCCUACAGCUAACUGAAGCGUCCCGUUGGAGUGAGAGCCUCCUGGAGGUGAUUCAGACUCACCCUGUCCUCAUCUCCCUGUGGAUCCUCAUUGGCAGUGCCCUGGGAGGGCUGCUCCUGCUUGCUCUCCUUGUCUUCUGUCUGUGGAAGCUUGGCUUCUUUGCACGUAAGAAAAUCCCUGAGGAAGAAAAAAGAGGAGAGAAGCUGGAGCAAUGAAUGUAAAAUAAGGCUCUAGAAAGUCUUGCCUGGCAGCUUCUUCAAGAGACUUGCGUCAGAGGAGAGGUUUGGAGGCUCAGAGGGGACAAGAAGAUGCUUCUGGACUAACGCCCCAGACCUGCAGCUUGACUUGACUUUUGAGUCCUGAGAAUGUUGCUGGCAAGAGAUGAAGCUUUACCUCAAAAAAAAAAAAAAAAAAAAAAAAGGCUGUCACAAGAACUAGCAACACUCCCACCCAGUGCUUCCCUAUUCCUCAGGAUCCCGGUUCCACAGCCAAUACUGGGGUCUCUGUUCCUCCCACCUAUCACCACCAGAAACAAAAGAAUUUUUCUCCUAGGUCUCUCUCCUUCCAGAACCCUUUGUCCUGGAAAGGAUGAGUGUUAUCCUCCUCCAUUGCCCCACUCUCUCACCUUCCUGCCUAUUCCCCACUCCACAGGAGGGAGCUGGCAUUGGCUUGCAAGAUGUAAAGUCAACAUCUGCUGCUUUCCUGUGGAGUCUAGUGAUUCAUGGAGCCGGAUGGGGAGAGUCAACAGGAAAAAAGGAGGGAGGAGGAAAAGCCACAAGAGACACUGUGUACAAUUCCAAGGAACAGAGAAGCCUUUAGACAGGCAACUGCCAUCCCCCUGAAACCUGAGACUCUGUGGUGCACUCGCCAACCCUCAGGUGCUGGGGACACAGAGCUGCCCCCAGGCUUGCUGGGCAUGGGCUUCCCAACCCUUUGCCUUCCCUGGGAGCAAAGCCAGGGCCAGGUGCCUGAUUUUCUGGAGCCAGGGGCCCCCAGGUGGCUGAAACUAGAAUAGCAGAGAAGACCAGGUAGUUAAGCUUUGUUUUCUCUACUUCUCUGACCUUACUUGCUCUCUUCAGCCCUCCUUGGAGUCUCAUAGAAAGCCAAGAGAAGAAUACUGCUGGAUGGUGGGAAACUCUUUUGCUUUACCAGCUUUGGGAAGCAGCAGCCCCAUGGGCUCCGAACAAGUAGGGUGUACAUUGAGAAGUCAAAGUGGGUGGCAUGAGUUCUCUAGGGAGCAAGCCCCUUCUUGCCCAGCACUGGUUGUGUAGCACAAAUAGCUCUUAGGAAAAUGUUUCUGGGGCAACCCCAAUCAUACUUUGUAGGGUUUCUCUGUUGGAACCAGUUUAUCAGACCUUGUUUGCUGUUUACUGGAAAUCCCCAAGUAAAUUUCUGACCUACUCCACCCUCAUCCCAUAUUUUGGUCAUGGCCAUUAAAGGCAAUUGGAUUAUCAUAGACACUGGGAAACAUUUGUUACUUAGUAAUCAAGGCUAUGGAUACCAGAGUCAGUCUGAGAGUACAACCACCGAAGAAUCAACACCCAUUUAGAGUUGAAAAGAAAGAAGACAACUGAUUGGGCAGUUGACUAGCAGCCACAAAAACCUGUCCUCCCAGGCUGUUAUUGAGUCCUAGGUGCAUUGUUUAUUUUGGCAUGUCUCUUGUCUGCUAUAGACAGGGACACUCCUGAACAUUGUUUCCCAGCAGGGUGGACAAUGUUUCAGGUGGUCAGAAUAAAUAAAGUUCAGUAUCAGGUGA